AUGGAUUCAGAAGUGAAGCCAGAUGUCCAGGUCAAUACAAAGGACUUGCAUCCUUCAAAGGACUCAGAUACCGAGAAUCUGACGUGUCUCGAUAUAGAGUCUUUUACCGAUGUUCUACGAGCGGCAGGAAUUGGUAUUCAAGAAAAUGAUCCCACGGAGUCUGUCCUAACUCUGCGCAUGUGGUUUAUCGGAAUCUUCUUUUGUAUCCUGAUCAGCGGCUUGAAUACCCUCUAUACUUUGAGAACCCCGUCUAUCACCAUCUCAUCGUCGGUGGUCCUCUUGCUGGCCUACCCCCUGGGUAAGCUAUGGGAGAAACUCGUACCCAGCUGGGAUGUGCCACUGGGCGGCUGGUCAUUCAAUUUGAAUCCUGGUCCCUUUAACCAAAAGGAACAUGUGUUGGUAUACAUAAUGUCUAACCUUAGUAUCUAUGUCCGCCUUGGAGCAGACGUCUUGACGGAGCAACAAAUGUUUUACGGAUACAAAGCUGGCUGGGGGUUCCAGAUUCUCAUUACAUUAGGAACAUUCCUCCUGGGGUUCUGUCUCGCAGGUCUCUUUCGUGCUAUCGUCGUGGUUCCUCGAGAUCUCCUCUGGCCGGGUGUUUUGAGCACUACAGCUCUGACAACAACGUUGCAUAAUAUUGGACAAAGAGAUGUACAGACGUCGUAUUCCACAUGGAAGAUCUCUCGAUACGCCUUCUUCAGCGUGGUGUUUUGUGUCUCCUUUUGCUGGUAUUGGUUCCCGGACUUUAUCUUCCCAGCGCUCAGCUAUUUUACAUUUCCAUGCUGGAUCAAUCCGAAGAGCACAGUGGUAAAUCAAUUAUUCGGCAUGGAGUCUGGAAUGGGGCUGUUGCCUAUCACAUUCGACUGGAGCCAAAUAUCCUAUGUUGGGUCGCCAUUACUGGUCCCUUCUUGGGCUAUUCUGAAUGUUCUUCUGGCUCUUGUAUUCUGGAUUUGGAUUGUUGCUGUCGCGUGUUAUUAUACAAAUGUUUGGUAUACUGGUUACCUUCCAUUCCAAAGCUCAUCCGUAUAUGACAAUACAGGAACUGCCUACAGUGCUUCCAAAGUGGUCAGCAAAGCCACUGGGUAUAAACUGGAUGUGGCCGCGUAUGAGGCAUAUUCUCCGGUCUUCAUGCCAAUUACCUAUGCAUUGAAUAUGUUUGGCCUGUCAUUUGCUACUCUCACUUCACUGUUGGUAUGGGUUAUUCUGGAAAAACGCCAGGUCAUGGCAACCGCUGCGCGCCGGAUCCCUCAGCUGGUCAUGGACUCUUUGCCUGGCCGCCAGCGUCCUGAGAGAAAAGAUGAACAAGGAAAAGAAGAGGUUCCGCUUUGGUGGUAUCUGGUUGCUUUUGUCUUAGCACUAUUCAUGACUAUUUUCGCCGUGGAAUACUGGAACGCAGAGCUGCGGUGGUACGGCGUUUUGUUGGCUUGUGUAGUCGCCUUUGUCUUCUAUGCGCCGCUUGCUCUGGUGUAUGCAACCUCCAACCUGAAGAUCAAUAUCGACGUCUUCUGCCGCAUCGUUGCCGGGUUCGUCUUCGAAGGCAAGGUGCUUGCAAACAUCUGGUUCUUCGACAUCGGGUACAUCAGCACGAUCAAAGCCCUCUACUUCUCACAGGACAUGAAACUGGGUUAUUAUUGCAAUAUUCCCCAACGGCAGGUUUUCCUGGUCCAAUGCGUCGGGAUGAUUGUCGGGACGCUGAGCUCCCUGGGAGUCCUUAACUGGGGCCUUGACCAUAUUCCCGGCGUCUGCACUACAACGGCCAGUAAUGGCUUCUCCUGCCCCUAUUCGCGCACGCAUUUCAACACGUCCCUCAUCUGGGGAGCCAUUGGACCCCGGCGGUAUUUCAAUAAUUAUAUAGGCUACAGCUCCCUUCUCUACUUUUUCAUCCUGGGCGCGGUGCUGCCCAUUCCCGUCUACCUGCUGAAAAAGAGAUAUCCACAUUCGCUCUGGCGACGCGUACAUAUCCCGCUCUUUCUAGGUGGUUUGAACUAUCUGCCUCCCGCUACUGGAACCAGCUACGGCAGCUGGGCUGUGGUUGGGCUGACAUUUGGAUGGCUCAUUCGCAAGCGCUGGCAUGCAUGGUGGUCCAAGUACAACUUUGUGUUGAGCACAGCCCUGGACUCGUCGGUGUCGAUUGCAGGGGUGGUGAUUUUCUUUGCCAUCUACUACAGCGGGGUGUCUAGCAAGUUUAGCUGGUGGGGGACAACGGUGUACGAGGAUACCUGUGACUACAAGGGAUGCUCCUAUUUACCCAUUCCCGACUCGGGGACGUUUGGGAAUUAA